AUGGCGUACUCUUUCAACAACCUUUUAACAGAUAUUCACACGGCUGGAAAGAUACAUUGUGCCAGUGGAGACAUAUAUACGAUAGCACACAAUCGCAUUCGCUCAAUCAACCCCUUUUCCAAAACAUCCAUCACACUUCCAUACGAGGCCAGAUACAAGCUCAAGCGGUUCACCAUCACGGCCAAUGAGCGCUUUAUCUUUGCUGUUGAUAACCGUAACAACGGAUCACUUAUUUCCGUUGAGUCUGGCUUGAGUUUGUGCCGUAUGGCCUUCGGGUAUCCAGUUGAGGCUCUUUGCUUCAAUUCUGAUGGAUCCAUUCUAGCUGUAUCAUCGUCUAGGUCAAUUCAUGUGUGGGCAACCCCGCUGAUGAAUCUACGCUCUGGAGUGACUACACUCAGCUCCUCCAAAUUCGAGCUAAUAACUACCGUGCCAUGUGGCAUGCGCGUGAUGUCUAUGCGCUUCACACCUGAUGAGCUAUUUCUAGUAGUGGCUGGAAACUCCAAUAACGUUAAGUGCUACUCGGUGCUCGACCCCACCCAUCCUCUUCGCCUAGUACUGAACUACAGCACAGCUCACCUGGGUGGCCACAGUGGAGGGUCCUCUGAUGCCUACUGCAUCCAGGCAGUGACGGAGGAUGCAGCCCAGCGUGGAUCCUUGCUUGACAUUCGCUCGUUUAUAAAGAACCCACAGAUGAGUCUGUAUGAGUUUAUGAAGUUGCAGGUGACAGGGAUUGAGUUAGAUAGUGAGGACCCUACUCAAACAGAGUUCUCGGAGGGAACAACGUCGCGCAUUGCAGACAUGAUUGAUACCUACGUGAACUUGGAGCACGUCGACCUAGAGAGGGCUGCAAAGGGCACCUUGCCUUCAUAUAGUAUAGUGACAGUUUCGAGAAAGGGCUUUCUAAAUGUGUGGGCCCCAGGAGCUGGCCACGAAGAUGAGGAACAUGAGCAAGAAUCGAGCGAGGAAUCAGGAGCGCCGGAGGCCACAAGUGCCUGGGCCUGGCAUCUAAUUGAGAAAAGGGACAUCCUCAGAGACACGCGGCUUUUAUAUGACAAGGAGCAGGAGCGGUCCGAUACGGAUGAAAAGGACGAUGAAAGCAAGACUGAGGAUGCCAAGAACUUUAUCAUAGAUCAUGAUGGGAAUAAGAUAUCUAUUGAUAAUCUGGAGACAACAAAGCUACUCGAGAAUCCGGUGAUUGAUUACAAUCUCGAACCAGAAAAAGUAUACACUGGGUAUGAUAGAAAGAGAGCAGAGGAGCAGGCAUCAGCAAUCAUCCUAUCAGCAGGAUUUGAGAUAGGAAACAAUGACGACCCCCAAUCCAUUGCACCAUCUGCUGGGACUAUCGUAGUGGGCUUUGCAGAUGGCCACUAUAGCCUAUAUGCAUUUGAUACCUUGUAUUUUAAGCUUGCUAUUGAGCGAGAGUCUCUAUCGGUGGAGGACGUUCUGCUCUGGAACGAACAGUGCUCGAAGUCAAGCUCCCGUAUCUCUCACUUCAAGCACAUUCAUAAUCUCAAAGCCUGCACAUACCCUAUCACUUCAGCAUGUAUCUACAAAAACUACUUAAUGUUGGCUUGCAGCCACGAUCACUCGCUGUGCGUGUUCGAUUAUCUGGCCGAGACGUUUGUCAUCCAGGAGGUACCGCCCCCUCAAACGACCUGUGCAGAUGUUUCCGAAAAUGGUGAAUUUUAUGCCAUAGGGUGUGUCAAUGGAGCCGUGCACGUAUAUGACCUUGCUUCUGGCUUCUCAUAUGCUGUUGUAACAAAUCACUUAGCGGCUGUGACAAAGGUGCGAUUCAGUAAGACAAGCCGCGUGCUGAUCUCUGCAGGCGCCGACGGUUUGGUCUUUGCAUUUGACUUAACCAAGAAAGUGACAUUCCGGAAACUUUCUAUUAAUACAAGGAUAAUUGCAAACGAUCUGAAUGCGCUAACCAAUUCAAUUAGCCGCGGAAUCAUUAGGUCUUUCUCUGCCCUGGCGGUAGAGCCUUCCGGGGACAUAAUAGCAGUGGGAUGCUCGGAUGGAGACUUUGAGAUAUAUCUAUUCCAGCUCCGCACAUCUAAGCUCUUGGAAGUUCUGUCUGGCCACACAGGUCCCAUAACGUCUCUCAGCUUUUCACCCUUGGGGACAGGAGAGCUUGCAAGCAGUAGCUGGGAUGGAACAACGCGUGUAUGGAGCACCUUCUCACCGAGUAUCCCGUGUGAGAUCUUACCCGAGGGUGUGGAGGUGUUGCAAGUCGACUUCACCCCCGACGGGUUGCAGCUCUUGACCUCGACAAGUAACGGAAGGAUCACCAUAUGGAGCGUGGAAGGUGGAGAGCAAACGGGAGUAUUUAACGUUGGGAGAGACAUACUUGGUGGGUUCAAAGACGAUGAACAUAGACACUAUAUGUCAAGCUCUUAUGGGAAAGCGUGCAAGAACUUCUGCAUCGUGGGUGACUUCCUUAUUUGCGCUGGAGACUCCAAGUACAUAAUCGUGUAUUUAUACAAGACAUGGCCAUACACACUUGUGGGAAAGUAUCAGAUCACCAUCGAUAAGGGCAUAGCUGGUGUUAGAAAGAGAGACAUUCUGGAUAAGAAUACACGUGAGAUACUUGACAAGCAUAUUUCAGACUCCAGUGAUGACGAGGCCGGCAUGGCCGUCCGCAGCCUUGUGCAAUUGACAAAGAUACGGGACCGUGAGUCACGGAGAGUCGUUGACUCGCUUCAGGAGGUCACUGGAAAGCGGCUGGAGGCACGAGUGAUUGACCUCUGUGUCUCUCCGGAUGGAAUGCGCUUCUUGGCCCUUACGCCCUUUGGAGCAUUGGAGUACACUAGGGAGACUACCAAGUACAACAGGUAUAUAGACAUAGCUGAUCUAGGAAUUGAGGUGACAGUGGCUACUUCAGCAGGGAUCAUUUUAGAUUGCUACGAGAGAGAGCACGCAAACAGUAUCGUGUCCGGCUCUCUUAGAAUGGAGAAAUUUGAUCAUAACAACAUACCGUGUCUGGCCCAUGGGCUUCAGAUUGCCAUGAUUUUGCACAACAAGGAGUUGUUUGAGCUUUACAUAACAACCAUCUAUAAAGCGUCUAAAUUAAAAGCCGACAUUGAGAGGAUCAUUUUACACACAAUACAGCUUUUAAAUUCCAAGCACUAUCGGAAAUUCAUAACAAUGUUGGCACAGUUUGUUCGAGAAACUCCAUAUAUUAGCGCUGGCAUGGAAUGGGCGCAGACCUUUCUGCUCCACACGGUUCCUCUUUUGGAGCAGACGAUCAAGAGAGACGCUGGGCUGCGGAAUGACCUGAAGCUCCUAUCAAAAUCUGUCAUAAGCCGUUCAGAAGGGCUUGUAAAGUCACUGGGCGAGGCUGUCACAAUAUUCCAGGGCACAAGCUAUAUUGGGCAAUACGAUAGAGACUGUGAGGUCGAAGUCGCCCAAGUCCGCGGCAACGAGCUUCUCCGCCUAGAAAGGGAGUCCGUGCUGGCUCAUCGGAAACGCGAAGCUGACGCUGCCGAGGCCGCUCGACGAAGGCACAGAUACCAGUUUUGA